AUGAUGCAACUAAGUAAUUCUCAAGAAUGCAGUAAUGAUGGUGGUAGUAGUAGUGGUGGUAGCGGUGGUGGUGGUGGUGGUGGUAAUGGUGGUAAUGGUGGUAAUGGUGGUGGUAAUGGUGGUGGUGGCGGUGGUAGUAAUGGUGGUGGUGGUGGUAAUGGUGAUAGUAAUGGUGGUGGUGGUGGUGGCGGUGGUAAUGUCUUUCCUGUUGAUAUCAAAAUUUUGGUUGUGAUGAUUUUUAGAGAUCGAGAACAUAUACUGCGAUACAAGACAAGAUCGACAGUAAAGUGUAUGGCAUUCACAGACAGGGUAGCCGGCUAA